GCCGGGAAAUGUAGUCCCCCGGGUGAGGCGGUGUCAGGGGCCUCUACUACAGCCCCAGCACGGUGUAGACGCCUGCGAUGCGCCCAAGACCCAAGACCUUCAAACUGCGGGCCCUGGACAGCCAGAAGAAGUAUGGGGUAGCUGGCAAGAGCUGCAAAGAAGUCCUCCGGAAGGGCUGCCAGAAAUUCCAGCUUCCCUUACCCGACUGCCGACUGUGUUUGUACGAAGAUGGGACGGAGCUGACGGAGGGGUAUUUCCAGAGCGUGCCGGACAACACGGAGCUCGUGAUCCUGACGGCGGGCCAGGCGUGGCAGGGCUACGUCAGCGACAUAGAGCGCUUCCUCAACGUGUUCUACCAGCAGCAAGAGGACGUCAUCGCAGCUGCACGGAAGCUGCUCUCCGACGAGCGGGCUCCCCUGCGCCAGAAGCUGCUGGUGGACCUCCUGCAGAACGUCAGCGAGAAUAUCUCGGCCGAAAGCAGGGAAGAGGACGGAAAGUGGUUUGAAGGCUUAGAAUCUCGAUUUAAGAAUAAAUCUGGCUACAUGAGAUACAGUUGUGAGAGCAGAAUCCGGAGUUAUAUGAAAGAGGUUAACACUUGCGUUUCAGCCAUCGGUCCCAAGGCUCAGGCGGAAUACCUGAAGAUUAUCGGCUGCAUGGGAGAGAAGCUGAAAGCGGCCCAGUACAACGGCGGGUACUUUGACAGGCGAGAAAAGAGGGCCCGGCUCUGUACGCCCGAAGGCUGGUUCUCUUGCCAGGGUCCGUUUGACAUUGACAGCUGCUCCUCCAAACAUUCCAUCAACCCUUACAGCAACCGAGAGAGCCGGAUCCUUUUCAGCACGUGGAAUCUGGAUCACAUAAUAGAAAAGAAGCGCACCGUCGUCCCGACCCUGGCAGAGGCCGUUCGGGAACAAGAUGGAAGAGAAAUAGACUGGGAGUACUUCUACGACCUCCUCUUUACCUCAGAGAAUCUCAAGUUAGUGCACAUUGCCUGCCACAAGAAAACCAGUCAUAACCUCAGCUGCGACAAAACCAGGAUUUACAGAGCCAGGGCAGCUGUUCCCCGAAAACGCAAGUGAACUGCUAAGCAUCCCUUGCUGGACUUUGCCAGCGACUUUUGCGGGGGGAUAAAGGAACCGUAGAACAGGGCUAUUGUCUCGUACCAUCCCGGCUCCUGCCGAGAGCCUUUUGGGCCCUUCCUUCCCUGAAAAAUGGAUGCUCUCGACGCGUUUUUAAAAGGCAGAGAUCGUGGAUUUGGUACACUGUGGGAAAUACCUUAGCUAAGUGGAGGCCCAGUGAAUAUUACCUCAUGACUCCCUCGUAUUGCUUUUCGCUUCCCUAACAUCGUGGCUGUUUGACCGUCUUUCUGGGCAUACUUCCGCUGCCUGAGAAGCAGCUUGCCAUAGUGGAAAGAGCAUGGGCCUGGGAAUCAGAGGCCCUGGGUUCUAAUCCUGGCUCUGCCACUUGUCUGCUGUGUGACCUUAACUCCUCUGGGCCCGUCUCGACCGUCAACUGGGGAUUAGAUCUUAUUUCUUCCUGCUUCAGACUGUGAGCCCCAAGCGAGACAGGGACUGUAUCCCACCCGCUCGAUUUGUGUUUAUCCCGGGGCUUAG